AUGAAAUUGCCCUUUGCUUCACAGCAAAACAAUCUCUCUUCUCCUGAAGUAAAGCACCAAAUAAUCAGUGGUGGUGUUGGUGGUGGUGGAACUGGUAGAUACGAGCCCAAAUUGGUUCUUGAUAUUUGCCGGAGUUUGCCUGGUAAGACGUCGGAGUUUGAUUCGGGUGAUCAUAAUAGCAUUGUGUUAUCGUCGUCGGAGGAUCCGUUGCGAUCGGAUAAUUACGAACAUGGAAUCGUGAAUCAGUUUGAAGAAUGGGAUUCUCUCAUGAAAGAAUUAGGUCUUAAUGAUGAUUCUGCAAAAUCUGCUUACCUCCCUGAACUCCCCGACCUUCCGCCGAUUCAAUCUGAGGUGACUGCUCCGACCAUGUCCCUGUUCUUAAACCCGGAUUUUGAGAAUCCAAACACGAACACGAACCCUAACUCGCUUGAUUUCACGAACCAGUAUAAUAUUGAUAAUAGAACAGGGUUUGAUUUCGUCGAUGAUAUAAUCCGGAUUGCUGAGUGCUUUGAAACUCAAUCUCUCCACCUGGCGCAGGUGAUAUUGGCGCGGCUCAAUCAGCGGCUUCCUUCUCCAAACGGAAAACCUCUCCAGCGUGCUGCUUUCUACUUCAAAGAAGCGAUUCAGUCUCUGAUCUCCGGGUCAAGUCGAUUGACUCAGUCAUCUUCCUCUUCUGAAAUUGUACAAACAAUUAAAGCUUACAAGACGUUCAUCGCCGUCUCCCCGAUCCCGAUGUUUUCCAGCUUCACCGCCAAUCAAGCUAUCCUGGAGGUGGUUGACGGUGCGAUGAUCAUCCACGUCAUCGAUUUUGAUAUCGGAAUCGGCGGUCAUUGGGCUUCGUUCAUGAAAGAGAUCUCCGAGAAAUCGGAAUCACGGAAGGUUAACUCGCCAGCGUUCAGAAUCACAGCCGUUGUUCCUGAAGAGUACGAAACCGAAUCGAGAUUGAUCAGAGAUAAUCUACUUCAUGGACGGAGAGAAGACUGCUGUUCUAUUAACUCCAACGAUCUUCCAACGAAUCGGCACUGGUUUCAUCAACGAUCUCCGACGAAUAUCUCCUCAAGUAAUAGUUCACGUAGACGGAGAGAAGGAUUGACGGGAGACGGAACGUCGUCCUUCCGUCAGUCGGUGAUCGAGGGUUUAGAACUUUAUUCGACGAUAUUAGAAUCAUUGGAAGCAGCGAACGUUGGUAUCGGAGUAGGAGCUGGUGACUGGUUACGGAAGAUUGAGAUAUGCGUGUUGCUCCCGAAGAUAAUAGCAGCGGUGGGGGCGGCAGGCCGCCAUGUGACGCCGUGGAGGGAGGCGUUUGGUAGAGCCGGGUUGCGGCCGGUGGGGCAAAGUCAAUUUGCUGACUUUCAAGCGGAGUGUUUACUGAGGAGGUUACAAGUCAGGGGAUUCCACGUGGCGAAACAACAAGGGGAGAUGGUGCUUUGCUGGCAUGAUAGGCCCCUUGUUGCCACGUCAGCAUGGAAAUGUUAG